AUUUCAGGUUUUAGUUAUAGAUGAGUGUUCACUUCUGUCCGUGCGUCUGUUUGCGUCUGUCAUGAAUGUUUUGUUGGCUGAGGCAGACUUGAAGAAACUGAUCUUAUUGGGUGACUUCAGACAGCUGCCAUCCAUAGAACCAGGGGAACUCUUUAAGGAUGUUUACCACACCUUAUGUCACGUGGGUAAUGGCCUUGGGUUUAGUAUUGACCUGACCCACAACCACAGGUCUGAGUCUGAGUUGAUUGUCCACAACGCUGCCCUCAUAUCCAGUAUGACCAUGCCAACUUUUGACAGUGGGCGUGGCUUCACUCUAGUCGACACUUCAGGAGAUGACAAUGAUCGGGAUGAAGCAAUACGACAUUUGUUGAAAACUGUUCCAGCUUUGAAGUCAGAUGUGGACUCACAGUUUGUAACAUUCAGAAAUGCCCACUGUAGGGCAGUCAACGAGCUGUGCUGUAAACACUACAACAACCACCCAAUCAAAGACGUUAAGCUAGACUUUCAAAUUGGUGACAAAAUUUGUCUCGGCAAGAAUGCCUAUCUCACAAACCACUGCAGGCUUAUCAUUAGCCAGUACCUCAAAGACUCACCCCAGCUCCAAGAAGCUUUUCAUGCAGCUAAACAAACACUGGGUAGAAAUAAUGAGACAGGGGCAGGUAAAGCACAUCAGGAGGUGAGUGGAAACCAGAGUUACCUCGAUGCAAUCGCUGUGGUGGAUUUACUGACAGGGGGUGAUGCAGUGUUGGAGGAGACAGUCAACAGCUUGAGGGAGGCGGAGGCAGAAAGAAUAAAUGAGGCUGAGAGGAGCAGGCAAGAGAGGCUUGAGAGGGCCAAGAAGAAAGAAAAAGAAUGGGCAAAUAAGCGGAGAGCAGAUGAAAGAUUAUUUGGAGAAAGUAAGGAAAAACUCUGCAAUGGGGAAGUUUUCUUUAUCAUGGAUGAGAUUGUGAAGUUAGAUGAUGGGAAGCCAGUAAAAUACCUGGUACUCUCUGACCGUGAUCCAGAGGUGCCAAGGGUCGUGUGCAUCCCCAUGAAACAGCUGCGGAGAGAGUGCCACAUGAAGCAUUCUUGGGUCCGCACAAUCCACACAUUUCAGGGCUCCGAGUCGGACACGGUUGUGUAUGUCCUCGGUACGGCCAUCCCACAAAACUGGCAACAUGUCUACACCGCCAUCACACGAGGCAAGAAGGCAGUUUACGUGGUUGGUCCGUACACAGAGCUGUUUACUGCUGUCAAUAGACGGGAGUCUCCUCGCUUCUCUUGGCUGCGCCAGAGACUUAGAGCUAUGAUCAAAGAGAACUUUGACUUCAUCAUGUCAUGCCUAGAGGCAGCCAACACAAGUUACCAGGAAACCGUGUGUGAUGACUGUUUAAGCCUUACAGAUGAGUUCUCAGAGAGUAUGCUACAGCUGCUGGAAGACUCAGAUGCAAUUAACAGUCAGACAGAAAGAGAAAAUGUCACCCACAGUCAGAUAAUGGACAAUGCUCAAGAAGAUUGGCUGCUCUGUACACAAGAAGAUUGGCUGUCCAGCUCACAAGCCCUCCAAGAAACUGACCUGAGUUUAAUGCCAGAAUAUAGAAGUAAAACUGCUUCCCCUCCACAAUCACCAGCAGCCAGCAACCAACAGUAUGAAAUGUCCCCACACAAAAAACCAUGUCCUGAAAAUCAACAGACCAGUCCAGGACUAGCCUUAACUUUCACAAAUUCUCUCAACAUCAAUGCAGAGACAGAUAAUGAAUCCCCCUUACCCAGAAAAGUCCCAGAUGUUAGAAGAAAACUUGUAUAA